CCGGAGCGUCGUCAAAGAGAUUCAGUGCUAACGGGUCAACAUGCUAACCCGGGAAUAUUUACCGGUGAAAAAACGGAAAACCAAAGAGCGGAAACGGUUCCUCUGUGCUUGAAGGGCCGCAGCAGGGGCUGAUGGGAAACUGAGGAGAAAGUUUUUAAACUUUUCAACAGUCUCCGUUCACCUGCCUGCUAGCUCCGCUGCUAGCCUGCUAAGGGCUAACCGAGCUGCUAGCACUUUAAAAAGUUUAGUGAAGCUAAGCGGGCCGGGAAUUAGACGGAGCCAUGACGGUGGAAGGAGUUAGACACUCCCCGAUCCUGUCCGCCCUGUUCGGCGUGACUGACGAGUCCGAGCCGCUGCAGGGAGCCGCUCAGUUCAUUAAAGAGCGUCUGUACUUCGCCACAUUACGCAGUAAACCUAAGAGUACAGCCAACACUCACUACUUCUGCACCGACGAGGAGUUCGUCUACGAAAAUUUCUAUGCAGACUUCGGUCCUCUGAAUUUGGCCAUGUUGUAUCGAUACUGCUGUAAACUCAACAAGAAGCUGAAGUCGUUCACUCUGACCAGGAAGAGGAUCGUUCACUACACCAGCUUUGACCAGAGGAAGAGAUCCAACGCUGCUGUGCUGAUUGGAGGCUACGCUGUGAUCUACCUGAAGAAAACUCCAGAAGAAGCCUACAGAGCUCUGAUCUCUGGUUCCAACGCCUCCUACCUGCCCUUCAGGGACGCCUCCUUUGGGAACUGCACCUUUAGCCUCACAGUGCUCGACUGUCUGCAGGGCAUCAGGAAGGCUCUGCAGCACGGCUUCUUUGACUUUGAGACCUUCGACGUGGACGAGUACGAACACUACGAGCGGGUCGAGAACGGAGAUCUUAACUGGAUCGUCCCGGGAAAGUUUCUGGCCUUCAGCGGACCGCAUCCCAAAACUAAGAUUGAGAACGGUUACCCCCUCCACGCCCCCGAGGCGUACUUCCCCUACUUCAGGAAACACAACGUGACGACCGUCAUCCGUCUGAACAAGAAGAUCUACGACUCCAAACGCUUCAUUGACGCUGGCUUCGACCACUACGACCUCUUCUUCUUAGACGGCAGCACGCCCAGCGACAUCAUCACACGCCGCUUCCUGCACAUCUGUGAGAACACCGAGGGCGCCGUGGCUGUCCACUGCAAAGCUGGUCUGGGCAGGACGGGCUCUCUGAUUGGCUGUUACCUGAUGAAACAUUACCGCUUCACGGCAGGUGAGGCCAUCGCCUGGAUCAGGAUCUGCAGACCGGGCUCUGUGAUUGGUCCGCAGCAGAACUUCCUGGAAGAGAAGCAGGCAGCACUGUGGUUGCUAGGAGACAGCCAGCGUUCCCAGAAGGCCAAGAUGGAGGAGAGGGCGGUGUCUCACCUGAUCACCAAUAUGGACGACCUCAGCUUGAACUCCGCCCACAACAGCAACAGUCUACACGAGAGUGAGACAUUGGACAGCAGACCGGGGCUGACUCAGGGAGACAAACUGAGAGCCUUAAAGAGCCGGCGUCCCCCCCGCCCAGCCACCACCGGAGCUCUCAGAGUGGAAGAGAUGAAGACGCACAGCAGGUCGGCCUCGCAGCCGCUCAGACUGUCGAUGGGCGUCGGUCAGGGCCCCUCCUCCCCCCUCAAGUCCUCCAAAUUCACAGCAUCCUCUGCUUCUGCUGCCGCCAAGAGGAUUGGAAGAAGUCCAUCAUCAACGGCGGCCAACAUCAGGAGCUCUCGCUUGGCCAGCUCUCUCAGUGAUCUUUACGCCGCCAACGUUGAGGAGGACAAAAACGCUCCGUACUCCUCUCUUCCUCCCUCCUCCUCCUCCCCUUCUUCCUCUGUGUCUCUCGGCCCCUCCCCCUCCCCUCUAGCCCCCCCCUCCCUGUGUCGCUAUGGUAACGGCCCUCGCAGUGUGCAGCACGAGGUCAACAACAAUGAAGGCGUGUACGCCGGCAGGCCGGGACCUCCCAGGGGCCCGGGGCCCUACAGUGCUCUGAAGGGCCCGUCAGGACGCUACCUCAGCCGGUCCAUACCUUCUCUUCAGUCUGAGUACAUCCAGUACUAGGUCAACAGGUCUGACCUGAGGAGGACACAUUACCCAUAACCCCCCUGUGAAGCAGCUCAGUGACUGAAGAGACUCUGUGUUCACGCCGUGUGUUAAUGAGCACGAUGUAAAUAUGAUGUCAUCAUCCACAUGAAGGACAAGAAGAAGAACAAGAAGAAGAUAUAUUUGGAUAAAGAGGACAGAUUUUAUAUUUGUUAUGAGAAGAAGAUAUUUUUGUUUUUAUAAACUGACUCUCCGUUGUCAUGGUUACAGUAUUUACUUCCUGUCUCUGACCAGCAGGUUAUUUUGAUUGAUUAAUCUUUUGUAAUUAACAGCAAUAAUAAUAACAGUAGAAGAAGAAGGGACCCAAAAACUGAAUGUCAGCAACUAAACUCAGGAAACACACCUCUGUGUGUGUGUGUGUGUGUGUGUGUGUGUGUGUGUGUGUGUGUGUGUGUGUGUGUGUCAGGGGGCGGAGCCAGUAUCAGUUGACACCCACUCAGCCUUAAAGAAGCUUCUGAUUGGUCAUUUUGUUUAUAGUGUCUGAAACAAAGUGGCUUCACUGUAGAUUAGCUCGUUAUGCUAACAGCUAAUUGUUGUGAACAGUUGAGUGAGAGAGCGACCGACUCCUCGUCUCUCUGCUGUCGAUCUAAACAUUCGUUCAUCAUCCUGUUUACAGGACUAAUAUUAUGGGCUGUUGUUUGUGUGUGUUGGCCGUCGGGUGACGACGCCGUCAUAGAAACAUGAAGGAAUCAUGUUAAAUUUGAGUCGCUGCGACUGAAACCAGCUGAAUGUUUGUUUAGUUUGUUGUAAAAGAAGUUAUUGAGCAGUGGAUGAUGCGUUCACCGACCAGAGGAAAUGUAGUGAAAGGGAUUAUGACCUUUACGAGCAAAAACAGUGAGGUUGAUUUAAAGUAAGUUUAAAUUUAAAUUUUUUAAUGAUAAAUUAGAAGAUUAUAAAUGAAGUUUAUCUGUGCAGGUAGUUUAUUAAAAAUAUCUGACGUGUGUCUGUUAAUUUUAUUAAUUUUGAUUUUAAAGUUCCAACUGAAGGAAACAUGAAACCAGAGAAGAAUUUAUACAGAAAAUGUCGGACUGUUCCUUUAAAUGUUUCAUGUGUUUUUGAUCAUGUGACACCAUGUCAUGUCUGUCAGCUGAUUGGCUGUGUGGAGACCAGCUGACUGUUGGACAGCUCUGAUUGGCUGAAGGGUGGAUGGUAAAUGUUCUCAUUAAGGAACCUCGAUCAGAUUGAUCAGAAAAUAUUUUUAAUGUUUGAGUUUUCUACCUCUGAUGACAUCAGCACGGUUUCUUUGUUAGUCACACGUGUCACAGACAUGUCAUAGACAUGUCACACGCGUGUAGUGAGCCUUUCAGGAGGAAACAUUAAGACUUCAACAUAGAAGCUCAAGGGACCAACACAGGAAAAGGAAAUGUUUGAAUAAAACUCCAGUUUAGUCCUUAAAGGGAAAGUUUGUGUUAUCAGCGUACGACUUCCUGUGAUUCAGCUCACACCCCGUGUUAACCUAAACCUAGGACGGUAUGAUUCGGCAUCAGCAGAGCUUCAUGUGAGUCAGAGAGGAAACACUGACGAGAAGAUGUUGGUCGUUGUUCUAGGUCAGCUAGCUAAAUAGGUACCUCUGGUUAUGGUCAGUAGUAGUUACCAUGGUUACAAAGUAAACAUGAAGCAGGCGUGUACUGAUGACGUGAUGAAGAAGUCGUGAUUGGACAACAAACACAUGACGUAAAUUCCAUUAGCUCUGUUUCACACUGCUAACUUUAGCACCAAUUUUCAGAAGAUAACAGCAUAUCAGACGCUAACCUGCUACAGAGCAGCAGCUAGCCCUGGGUUAAGGGAGUUAAAGGCUAACCUUUAACCCACUUUCUAAUGGAUCCCUUAUCCCAGGGCUAAGUGCAGUGUGAAAAGGGCUAACAGCUUGCUUAGCCCAAGGCUACCAGCCUCCUUAGUGUGUGGCUAACAGUUUCUUAAGCCCAAGGGCUAAGAGCUCCCUUAGCUCGAGGCUAACAGCUCCUGUAGCUCGAGGCUAACAGCUCCUGUAGCUGGAGGCUAACAGCUCCUGUAGCUGGAGGCUAAGUACUGUGUAAACAUGCUAAUGUCAGUUGUGAAUGUUUCUCUGAAGUGCCUCACCAUGUGUCUGAUGUUUGAGUCGUCAGCGGACGAUCUUUCUCUGACGGACGAAGAUGUUUGAGUGAAAAACUUUAAUUUGUUGCUGAUUCUUUAUUUUAUUGUUCAAAUAUUUGUUUAAAGGGAAAAGUUAGAAAAUAACUUUUAGUUUUUAUCUGAGACAAAAUAAACAGAUUUUUCUUCUGAA